AUGAAGGUUUUCGUUUGCUUUGUUACUGUAUUAACCCUAGCAAAUGCUGGCCUAAUCGGUGACGGUGUUAGUAGUUCUAACGCCUAUUCCGAUGCAUUCGGUGGUGUUGGUGUCGGUGUCGGAGGUUCUUACGUGGGUCGUUACGGAGGUGCAUUCGCCAGCAGUGGCGCAGCAGUAAAUGUUUUCAGUAAAGCUGGUGUACACACUCCUCAUGAUGUCCAUGACGGCGCUGUUGGAGGUGGUAUUGAUGGGAGCUACAUCGGUGGUUAUAGUAACGGCUUUAGUCAUGCUGCGCCUGUUAAAAAUGUCCAAGUCAUCUCUCCGCGUGUUAAUGAUAUUGGCAUUCCCCGCGGCUAUGUUGGUGGGCUCUCUGGCAGUUAUGCCAGCGGGUUCACCAGUGAUUAUGCCACUGCUGCUUCUGUAAAGAUUAUCAAUGUCAAAGUUAAAGUGGAUGCUGGCGUUACUAGAGAUUAUGGCAGUUUCAAUGGCAGUGGAUUCUCCAGUUUUCCGGAUGUGAAGAUUAUCAAA